ACUGUGGGGAAGAACACGUUUUGGCACCUCCAAAAUCCAUCCAUUAUCCGUAGAUUUUUACCAAAAAUUGACUGAUUUUGGGAUGUCGAAAAUUAUUCUGAAUUAUCUACCAAUAAUAUUGAGGAUAUAAUAAUGACUUUGUGCCUCACAAUUUGUUAAUAUUUUUGGCUGCUCGAAAUUUGAAAUAAUUGUAACAUAACCUACCAGUGAACAUGAGGAACAUAGUCCGAGCUUAUUUGAAACAAUCAUACAAUAUUCUCCCAUAGAUAAUUUAAAAUUUUUGCGAGAUAUUCACCUAACAAAAAACAUGAGGUUUUUCAAAAUAACCUCGCCGAGGUUAUGCAUACCCGAUGUUGGGACAUCGAGACGUCAAGACGUCGUUGAUAUCGGGACAUUGAGACACCGGAACGUCGUCGAUGUCGAGACGUCCAAACAUAGAAACGUCACUGGUGGUCGGGAUAUCAAGACGCGUGACAUCCAGGACAUUCAGGAUGUGCCAGUGCAGCCACAGGCAGCCACUAUGUUCUGUGAAAUGAUAAGAAAAGCCUUCCUCAGGGCCUUCUGUGUAUUUAUGGAUGGGGCCAGAAGUGAAAACUGGCAUGUUCCAACAUGUCCCGAAUUUCCUGAAUGUCACGCAUCUCAAUAUCCCGACACCAGCGACAUUUCUAUGUUUGGAUGUCUCAAUAUCAACGACAUUCCAGUGUCUCGAUGUCCCGAUAUCAACGACAUCUUGACGUCUCGAUGUCCCAACAUCGGGUAUGCAUAACCUCGGCGAGGUUAUUUUGAAAAACCUCAUGUUUUUUGUUAGGUUAUGUUACAAUUAUUUCAAAUUUCGAGCAGCCAAAAAUAUUAACAAAUUGUGAGGC